AUGGUGAUGCCCAAGGAGGCAUUGAUCCAAGAGCUGAUCACCUUCGACCACAGCGCCAGCCACAACACCCACCACGCCAAGCUCGCGCCAUUUGAGCCUAUGAUCAACCUCACAUUAAUGCUGUUCCCUUUCUCUUUGGGAGACAAGGCACACCAAUGGGAGAAGACUCUUCCAAGUGACACUUUCACCACUUGGGAAGAGUGUAAAAGAGCUUUCCUAGACAAGUUCUUCUCAACUUCAAGGACAGCUAAGAUCAGGAACGAAAUCUCUGGGUUUCAACAGAAAGGUCUAGAGAGUUUCAAGGGCUAUUGGUCUCAAUGCCCUCAUCAUGGUUUCAGCAAGGAUAGUUUUCUUAGCACCUUCUACAGAGGAGCUCUACCACAGUGCAGAAACUGGCUUGACACUGCCAGCAAUGGUUUCUUCUUGGGGAGAACCGAGGAAGAGGCAGAGGAACUGGUAGAGAACAUGGCUAAGAGUGACUCGGUCUACAGUGAGGAGCAUGAUAGGGUCAACAGAAGUGAUGAUCAACAGACAAAGAAAGAGAUCAAGUCCUUGCAAGAGAAGAUGGACAUGCUUCUUUCCAACCAAGCCAAGCAAGAGCAGAUGAACUUUGUGGGUGGUCCUAAUCAAGAGGUUCCUCCCAAGAUCAAUGAGGUUGAUGGUUUGGAAGGCCAAGAAGAGCUGUGCUUCAUCAACAACAAUGGUUCUUGGUACAGGGAGGAGCCUAACUUUCAGUACAACAACUACCAGCAAAGAUCCUACUCUAACAACCAGCAAGGAGGAUACCAACAGAAGCAAAACACUCAACAAUGGAGCUAUCAACCUAGACAAAAUACCCCUCCUGGUUUCAACAAUAACAACAAUCAGUCUACUCAGGAUCAAGGAAGUUCUUCCCAAGCUCUAGCUUCAGAUACAAGUGUGGAUGCAAUACAUUUGGAGAACCAGUUUGCUUCAAUGAAUUCUCAACCAAGUCGCCAACAAGGGGCAUUACCUGGAAAGCCAGAGCAAAAUCCCAAGGAAACUAUGAAAGCAAUCACCCUACGGAGUGGUAAAGAGUUACCUCCAAGAAUUCUCACCAAGGAUGGUGAAAAGCAAGGAGGGGGGGUGGCUAUCAAUAUUGAUGAUGAAGUUGUGAUUGUAGAUGAGAAAGUUGAUGAAGAAAUUCUAGAAAAGAUUGUUGAAGCUAAGGGUAAAGGAAAGGUUGGAGAAGAGAAGAGGACAGUGAAACAUGGUGAAACUGCUACUCCAACAAAGGACUCCUCUUUUGUUCCUCCUCCCUAUGAGCCAAAGCUACCAUUCCCUGGAAGAUUCAAAAGACAGCUAUUGGAGAAGUACAAGGCACUCUUUGAGAAACAAAUGAGUGAAGUUCAGAUCACAAUGCCCAUCAUUGAUGCUUUUAUGCUGGUUCCUUAA